GGCAUUACUAUUGCUUCUAUGUUUCAGACACCAUACUUCCGCAUCUCUGUGAUCGCUGACGAAGUAGGAGCGGAAUUGUGUGGUGCCCUUAAAAACAUUGUUGCCAUUGGUGCUGGAUUGGGCGAAGGUCUGGGUCUUGGAGAGAACACCAAGGCCGCGAUCAUUCGGCUGGGUUUCAUGGAGAUGAAAAGAUUUAUCUUCCAGUUUUUCGGCAAAAGAGAUUCCUUCUGCGCUUUGGACUUUUUGGACUUCCUCUAUGAAGUCUGA